UAAACAACUGUAAAAUAUCAACGACAACACAAUUGCGCUCAAAAGUCAAGGCUUGAGUUUUGCGAUGUUAACGGUUCCCUCGCCCAGUUCCGUUGCAUGCGUGCCGUUCAAUGCUCAGAAAUUUCGCGAAUACCUCUGCAGUCAACAGCUGUUUUCAGCGCGUGCUCUCACUUACUCUCUAUCUCUCUCUCUCUCUCUGGAGUAACACUCUCUCACUACGAACGAACGCAGCAGGUGCAGCAGCAGCAACAACUACAACAACAACGAAUCGUAACAAGUGCCGAGUGCGCAGCUUUCGUUGCUGCUGGCCAUCGACGACAGUUUGCGCCGUUGCCGCUGAACAGUUAGUGAACGACUCUCGUACGAGACAGACGUGAGCGGCAGCUUAGAGCUUGUUAUAAAAACAAAUUUAAUUUCGAACUUUGGCGCGACUUUCGCAGACAACAAACGUAGUGAAAAAAGCGACAAAAACCAAAAAACAAAAAAAUCAAUUAAAUUGUAAAGUGCAUGGCAAAGUAAAAGCAACUGCAACGGCAACUGCAACUGCAACAAGUGCAAAAUUGUGCAUAGUUUUUUUUAACAAAGUGUUGCCAAGUGUAACACACAUAAUAACACACACAUACACAAACGCAAAUACACACAGCUCGAAGUGGACAUGUCGGCGUCUACUAAACUGGAGCAGCACUCCAAGCCCAUACUGAGUCCAACACGAUCCCUUGACGAAGGUUUCGAAAGUGAUCCGGAUCGGGUUUCAACCGAUUCAGAGCAUCAAAUAAAUAACAACAACGUCAACUGCAAUAACAAUGCCAGCAAGCUGGCGCAGCUUAGCUCGGCGGCAACGGGCGGUGCCAGCAGCAACAACAGCAACAACAGCAGCAACUGUAACAGCAACAGCAGCAACAACAGCAAUAACAACAAUAGCAACAACUUGACAGAGAAGCGCGGCGCACUCAGUCUGGCCGCGCCGCAGCUGCAGCGACGCGAUUAUUACAAGGAGCAGCAGCAGCAGCAGCAGCAACAGCAACAGCAGCAGCAGCGCCUGCAAUAUCAAAAACAACGCCAGCCGCUGGUCGCCAGCGCCGCCGCCGCCAGCAUUCACAAUCAUCGCUUGACCAAUGGCCUCAGUGUUGGCGCCGGCGCCGCAGCCGCUGCUGCAGCUGGCUAUAGGCGCGGACGUCGCCUGCACGUAGCGCCGCCAGCGCGCCACGCGCUGCGCUCGCAUUCGGUGGACGCUAUUGGCAGACAGCGACAUGGCUAUGAUCCGAGCAGCCUCAUCCUCAAGCACGACGGCAACGGCAACGUUAGCAGCAGCAGCAGCGUCAGUGUCGGCGGCGGCAGCGCCAACAGUCGCAUGCUCAACUACAAGAGCAGCGCGCCUGGCACAGGCUCGGCGGCGGCAGCGGCUGCGGCGGCAGCAGCGGCUGGACAGGCAGCGCUGCUCGUGCAGCCCAUCUCGAGUGCCACGCUGUCGCCGCUGGCGGGCGUUGGGGUGGACGGUGUGGGCGUCGAAGGCGGCGGUGGCGCAUCGCCCGUAAUUGCCUCCGCCACGCACAGCCUGUACACGUUCUACCCGGCCGAGGGAAAUCUGCAGGUGUGGCAAACCGAGUGCGGGGAUCUGACCUAUAAAUCGUCAAGGAAUAUGCAUCAGCUGCACAAGGCGCCCGUGUGCUGGACACAGUCCAUACCCAGGCAGGCAAGACGCUACAUCACGCCAGCCGCCGCAGCGACAACAACAACAGCAGCAGCCGGGGGCAGCAAUUGCGGCACGACGGGCGGUACUAGUCUGGCGGUAUAUCCCACGGCCACGGCGCAGGUCUAUCGCUCCAACAAUGGACUCGAUGUCCUCGACUGCGCCGGCCUGGAGCAUCAUAGUGCAGCGGCGACAACAGCCAACGGCAGCAAUUCCAGCGGCAGCGGCUUCUCCCAGCGACUACGCGAACUGGCCGCAUCCGCCGGACUCCUGUCGCUGAAGCCACGCCAGCCGCUGAAGCCCGUUAUCAAGACACGCGGCUCACCAGGUCCCGAGUUUCCCAAGAAGGUCACGUUCAGCGCCUUUGCCACGGUCCAGGUGGUGUGAUUGUCCACCACGGGGCGUGUCAGCUGCACGUGGGCGCAAGCACUGUGGCUAGUUGCCGCGCGUUUUGCAUUGUUAACCGUUAUUGUUGUUUUGUUGCUGUUGUUAAAUGUUUAGCAUUACUAUCGGAUUGGCAUCUGGCAGACUUGAAAACAUUUGCUUAAGUUUAAAUUUAUAUUUGUGCCAUGUCUUUGGCUUGAAUCUGUUAUGAAAUAUGUACCAAUAUAUGUAUACUCCAUAGCUGAAAAUACCUCAAA